CACACACACACACACAACAGGCUGGUGGGACUCCAACACCAUCUCUGGAAGGCUCCGACAGCUCAGAUUGGGUGGAUGACCUGGGGAGGCGGAUCGUGCAGGCAAGAGACUGACAAACCCCUUCAAUCCGCCCGCCCUCCGCCCAACGCAGCGACAGGACAACCACUGUCGCUCCUAUCAGAGAGUGCAAUCAUACAUUUCCUCCUGUUCGAUGGCACUUCUGAAGAAGGGAAAAUAAAAGAACCGUGUUGGAACUAGUGCUUGCUCAUUGGGCCUUAUUUUGUGAUAACGUUUUCACAAGGUUAAGACUACAGGCAGUCCUGUUGUUCUCAACGCAGGAGAAUGGAGGAAUCUUCAGGCCAGUCGAGGUGGUUAAACCACCAGGCCCUACUGAGUGCAGGCCAGGAGUCCCUGCUCCACUAUACAGACGAGAUCCCCAUUCCGUCCAGCACCAACGAAGCUGAUGCUUUCUUCAGCCAUGCCGAGGGGGACGGCAGCCUGGCCCAGCCAUACUACGCCAGCCCGGUUCACAGCAGGGCUGUCGGGAGUUACCGACAUGGUUGCCAGGUCUACUCCCCUCACUUGCUGAACAGCCUCCAGUGGAUGGAAGGGGGCCAGGCGAUUGGCCACACAUACGGUGGGGCCUGGUCGACAGUUGGGGCCUACGCCAAGGCUUCCCUGCCGCUGUACCAGGCCUCCUCCAGCCUCAGCUCACCUCACCACAGCCAGCACCUCUUCGGCUUCACAUCCACUCUGAAGGAGGCUGGCAGUGAGGAGCCGGGGGCUAGUCUGGGCAAGGAGAGCCCCAAGUACGCUGAGGUGAUGAAAGUGGAGAGGGAAAGCCCCCUGAAUUCUGCACUCCUGCCGCUGGGCCUGGAUGACAGCCUGGGCCAGAGUGGCCACUUCCAGCUUUACAACGGGAACAUCUACCAGGCCUCAGGAGCCUCGGGCCUGGACUGUCACUCCACAUCCCUGAAGCACAAGCUGACAUUAUCGCCGUGUGAGGCCCGGGAAUGUGUGAACUGCGGAGCAACAGCUACACCUCUGUGGCGGAGAGAUGGGACUGGACACUACCUCUGUAAUGCCUGUGGCCUCUACCACAAAAUGAAUGGCCAGAACCGACCACUCAUUAGGCCCAAGAAGCGCUUGAUUGUGAGCAAGCGAGCAGGCACGCAGUGUGCAAACUGCCACACCAGCACCACCACGCUGUGGCGCCGUAACAUCAAUGGAGACCCAGUCUGCAACGCCUGUGGGCUGUACUACAAAUUACACCAUGUGAACAGACCUCUGACUAUGAAGAAGGAUGGUAUCCAGACCCGCAACCGAAAGGUUUCGAACAAAUCAAAGAGGGUAAAGAAAUCCCAGGAGCACUUUGGCGAACUGCCCAAGGACAUGGGGAAUGAGGGUUCCCCUUUCCCCUUGGGCUCAGCUGCCUUCCAGAGCCAGCUGACCUCUGUCGGUCACAUGGUGCCCUACAGCCAUGCCCCUCACCUGUUGGCCAACCCCCUGCACCCUCAGCCGAGCCUAAGCUACAGCCAUCACCCCUCAACCAGCAUCGUGUCAGCCCUCAGCUAGGCAGACUCCUUCCCACCCUGCUGGAGGGCAGCCCCUGCUCUGGGAUCUCACGCUGAUGGAUAACAGAUACACCAAAACCCCACACCAUACCCACGUGGGAGCCGAACCCCGUGCAAACUCUAACUGUUCGACGUGCGCAUGCUCCCGGCAAAGGGGCAGCAAAUUCACACUUCAACAGACUGUACAGAUUUCCUCCGUACGAGAUUAGCCUCUGCCCUGGGUGUGAUCUGGGUUCCUGGCCAAAGCCAGCUACACAUGUAGUAUUUUUGGAUACAAAUAUAUGUAUAAAUAAGCAAUCCCAUAUUUACACAUCAACUGGCGACUUUGUUAUAUCUAACACUUGCUCAACCGACCACAUUGAAGGGCGAAAGCAGAGAAUGAAGGAUCCCGGCGAGGAGGAGAAUAUUGUUCUUUAUCAAACUCUUGUCAAAUAUCUCGACACGCCAACUUGGUCACCAAGUAACCACCACUUUCUGGUGCGUUUCCUUCCCACUGUGUUUGCAAUGCGGUCCUCAGCUGAGACUACUCCAUGGCAACAUCUCAACCAACCAAGACAUGACAGGUUGGCAAAGUCGCACUCCUUGGCUCCAAGCACAAUAAGUUAUGAAAUGUAGCAUUCUUGCAUGUGUCCUGAUGUCAAGACACAUCACCAGCGCUUCUCAAUUAAUUCCCAGCAAUACCCUGUUACAGGUGAAUUCAGGAAAGUAGAUAGUCCUUUCGAGAAGUGCAUUUGGAAGAAUCUUUCAAUGACAUGGCCUCGGGAAUUCACUCUAUGCCUUUUGUUUGGGAACCUUCUCUUACUACGUUCUUUCUCAAUCUCUGUCACCUCCACCUGCCCCGACACUCCCCCCCGUCAGCCCCUACACCCCCUCCCUAUCUCUGUCACCUCCUCCAGCCCCUACACACUCUCCCUAUCUCUGUCCCCUCCUCCAGCCCCUACACUCCCUCCCUAUUUCUGUCACCUCCUCCAACCCCUACACACUCUCCCUAUCUCUGUCCCUUCCUCCAGCCCCUACACCCCCUCCCUAUCUCUGUAACCUCCACCUGCCCCGACACUCCCCCGUCACCUCCUCCAGCCCCUACACCCCCUCCCUAUCUCUGUCCCCUCCUCCAGCCCCUACACCCCCUCCCUAUCUCUGUCACCUCUUCCAGCCCCUACACCCCCUCCCUAUCCCUGUCACCUCCUCCAGCCCCUACACACUCUCCCUAUCUCUGUCCCCUCCUCCAGCCCCUACACUCCCUCCCUAUUUCUGUCACCUCCUCCAACCCCUACACACUCUCCCUAUCUCUGUCCCUUCCUCCAGCCCCUACACCCCCUCCCUAUCUCUGUAACCUCCACCUGCCCCGACACUCCCCCGUCACCUCCUCCAGCCCCUACACCCCCUCCCUAUCUCUGUCCCCUCCUCCAGCCCCUACACCCCCUCCCUAUCCCUGUCACCUCCUCCAGCCCCUACACCCCCUCCCUAUCUCUGUCACCUCUUCCAGCCCCUACAACCCCUCCCUAUCUCUGUCCCUUCCUCCAGCCCCUACACCCCCUCCCUAUCUCUGUCCCCUCCUCCAGCCCCUACACCCCCUCCCUAUCUCUGUCACCUCUUCCAGCCCCUACACCCCCUCCCUAUCUCUGUCCCUUCCUCCAGCCCCUACACCCCCUUCCCUAUCUCUGUCCCCUCCUCCAGCCCCUACACCCCCUCCCUAUCUCUGUAACCUCCACCUGCACCGACACUCCCCCCCGUCACCUCCUCCAGCCCCUACACCUCUUCCUAUCUCUGUAACCUCCACCUGUCCCGACACUCCCCCCCGUCACCUCCUCCAGCCCCUACACCUCUUCCUAUCUCUGUAACCUCCACCUGUCCCGACACUCGCGUCACCUCCUCCAGCCC